GGAACGCUGCGAGUCAUCUUGCCUCUUCUUCGUUCUCCAUGAGCCAGUUUUUAUCGGAGUCCCUCGCGCUGAUUUGUAGUGCUUUCCAGGAUCCGUUUGCGAUGGUGACGAUGCCCUAAGCUGAAAUCUGGGAAAUAGAUGAACAGGCCAGGGACAUCGGACACGGAGGAAUGUUCGGUCUCUCGUCAGGAGAGAGGAGGAGGAGGAGGAGGAGGAGAGGGCGGCAUGGACAACGUCCGCCCUAGCCGCAGCGCGACGUCGACGUCCGCCAAUCCGACCGCGGGCCCAGCCACGGCCGCUCGCGAGGGAAACACUGAGGAGGACUGGAAGAUCUACGAAAUCUUGUGCAAGGAUAGUCUCAAAGACAACCUCAGAGACAGCGUCACCUCCAACACCCAAAGUUUCCAGAUGAACCGAGAUGAAGAUUUAAACGACCACGAAAUGACGGCAGCCUUGCGGAGUGAACUGGCAGCCCUCCAGUAUAAAAGGGACCGCUUAUUCACAGAGCUUCAGGAUAUGAAAACUCAGUUGAGGAGUCGUGAUCAAAGAGUUAUGGAACUCCAAGCUGAAACAGAACAACUUAAGGAACAAGCAGUUAGACAGAAUGCUAUCAUUGCCAGUCUUCGAAAACGAAUCCAGGAGCUUGAGGAGAGAGAACGGAAUUUGAACAACAUGAAUAGUCGAAGUGAAAUGGCCUUCCAGACACUUCAAAGAGAAUGUAGGCAUCAAGAGGAGCGGGCCAAAGAUCUUGAACAUCGAGUCAGUCGUUUGGAGUUGGAGUGCAACGCUGAGGAACAACAGAAAGAAAUGGCGCAAAAAACAAUGGCAGAUUUUCUUCGGCGUUUGUCAAAUGCUCUGGGAAUUGAAGGAGCAGAGAGCCACUCCAAUGAUGCACUCAUCGACCGAGUUUCUGAUCUCGUGCAAGACCACACCAAGACGCGGAUCAAGUCUUCAAGUCUGAGCGAUUCAUUGGCAACGGUGGAAAUAGAACUGCGUGAAAGCCGGAAUGCAUUGAACCGAGCUCUGAUGGACAAAGAGAACUUGCAGAGACAGGCUGCUUCGCAUCUUAUCGAACUGGAGCGAUUACGGAAAGAAAAAGAAGAUUUGGAAACUCAACAAAGACUAACGGAAAAAGAACUGUGUCAACUGCGAGACAAGCUCUCUCUUUGUAGUCAUAGCCUCGGUACAGCAUCAGAUAGUAUCGCUGCUCAGCAAGCCACCAUUACUCACUUAAAAGGUGAUCUGUGUCAAAGCGAGGAAAAAACAAUUCGAGUACAAAAUGAACUAAGGCAUGUCCUGGAAUCUCUCGCUAUCAUGCUUGGCACACCAACAAAAUUUUGUGAAGCAUCAGAGCUUUCAAUCAAAGAGCGAAUCAGAGACCUCCUUGGUGAAAAUAAAGAUAAAUCAUCCUGCAUUGAGUCAUUACGAGAUAAAUUGUGUUUCGUGCAUGAUCAGUUAGCCAAGAAAACUGAGCUCUGGGAAGAAAUGAACACAAGAGUGCGGAUCUUAGAGGAAGAGAAAGCUGUCAGCGGUUCCAGGUUGAAUCACCUAGAAAAUGAAAUUCGAACAUUGGAGGCAGUGAAAGAUAAACUUCAAACAGACAAAGCUGUGUUUGUAUCAUUCCUGGAAAGACUUUCAAAUGUUUUGAACGUUGAUGACAUUUCAAAAGAUGUUGGUGAUGAAUAUCGGACAGAUGCUUUACUAGUGAGAGCAGAACAACUUGCUCGUUUAGAAAGCGAUAAAAUUGUUGACAAGUGGCUUUUGAACUAUCCUUGUGGAAGUUUGCCCUGUCUGAAGAGAGGACGUUCUUGUUGCGAUUUGUAUCAUUUGCCGUUGCGUGAAACAGCAGUCGUCUACCAACUUCAGCGGCGAGUGCGAACUUUGCGAGACCAGUUGCAAAGAAGAGACCUGCACUUAGAUCUGCUGAGGCGGAAAUUAAACAUACAUGAAAAUAGUUGCCGAGUAAGGUCGCUACUUGAAGCUGAGAAGGAUGAAGCCAAUUUAAAAGUCAAAAAACUUCUAAAACAAGCUGAUAGACUACAACUUCAGUUGACAGAAGCAAGAGCUUUAUCCAAUGAUCUUAAAAUUCAGUUGGCAGAAGCAGCAAAUUAUAAGGUCACUGCAAUUGAAAGAGGGAAGAAAAUCGAAGAUCUGCAGAAAAGGAUCGUUGAACUUGAAAUGUUAAGAACAAGAUAUGCACGGAAAGUGGCUCUACUUAAACAACAGUGUCAUUCAACAUGCGAAUCAGCAGAGCAAGAGCGCUGUCUCUUGGAAACAGAAACUAAAGUCCUGAAAGAAGAUCUUAUUAAUACUAAACAAAGCCUGGCAGAGUCUGUAACACGUGAAAAUGCGCUAUUGGAUUUUAAGAGAACAAUUACGAACCUCUUGGGCUUGGAUUGCUCUUCACUUGAUUUCGAGGUUAUCUCGAGACUGACCAAAGUGGUAAACGCUCACCGUGAAUUCACGUCCGUCUCACAGCGGUACAAUGACCCUACGCUCAAAACAAGUCCACAAGGCCUCACCAGCCCAGAUAAUCAAAGACGGCAUUACGCAGAGCUAGAAAAUCACAACCGAAGACUUUUCUCCGACGUAGAUAGUAAAGAUAACAGGAGAAUGCUCUCGGAUGUAGAUAGCAAAGACAAUCGGAGACUGUUCUCUGAUGUAGAAAGCAAAGACAACCGUCGACUAUUUUCUGAUGUAGAUAGCAUAGACAACCAAAGACGACUUUUCUCAGGCAUUGAUAAUCAACGGCCAUCCAGGCCUAAUUAUAAGUCGGACCUGAAUUCUGAUUAUUUGAACUCUUUGAAUGAUGAUUUGGAGUCAGACGUACAUGCUAUUUAUAAUAAGCGCCCAUUGAGAGCGUCCUAACAUUGACCCUCCUCUUACGCUGUGCUUGUAAACUAGGUAUUCUAGAUAAAAACUUGACGCCAAAUCAGGUCUCAGAUUAAGAUGUAUGAGUGCUACAAGACACUAUGAAAUGCUCCAAUCACUCCUAUGUUUUCUAUUUUUUUAAAAACUUUCAUAUUUUUAAAUAUGAAGAAAAAACCUAAGAGUGUAAAAUUGUCAAAAACAUAAGAUGGUUGAUAUUCUCUUGGUGCAAAGAGAGUCAGACUAAGUUCAGUGAAAAGUCAUAACUACUUAGGCAUAACUUCUCUAAAGGUUCAACCACUUUAAAUGAGCUUUUCUUAAAGCUCAAGAACAGAAAAACCCUUCCUUUCAGCUAUUUUAUAUUUAUUUUUAGCUGAAAUUGGGCAGUCUUUUACAAGAACGUUAAAAUAUUGGUGACUUAAGUUUCUUGCAUAGGUCAAAGUGGGAAAUUGUGUAUCUUCAUUGCGGUGUUUCCGCAAUGCAAAAUUUCCGCUAUUUUAUUUUUGUGAAGAAAAACAAGCCAACUUCAUAGCUUGAAAUUUUUACAGAAUAUUCUGCUUUUCUCAGAGAAGAAAAAUAAAGGCAAUCUUCAAUAAAUUAUGUCGACCAGUUUUCCUAAGAAAAAUACAGUACAACAGAAAACCAACAGUGUUGCAAUCAGAGAUACGUAGUUUUGCACUUUAGCCAUUGAUAGGGUACUUGUCGCGAUGGUUUGAAUUUCCGGGAAAAUAAAUUUAGACUCUUGCAGCAUUUAAUCAAGCUUGAAAGUAUCGCAAAAAAAUUAUUACAACAGCCAUAUAAUGUCUGCUGGAUGGACUUUUGUAGGUAAAAGGUUUAAUUUCUACAUUAUCCAACUGUUAGCAGAUAUUCCCCCAUGCUAAGAAGAAAACCUUUUAAUAUGAGCUUUACGAUAUUUACUUGAAAGGUUUCAUUUCAGCAAUAUCACAUCAAAUUAUCUUAUACCUAAUUGGGCUGGACUCUACGGGUGUUGCCACUCUGUUAUAUUGUAUUAUUAUUUGACUAGAUUUUACCACUUUGUAUAUUCUGAGCCUCGUAGUUAUUUAGUAAAUUUUUAAAUAUUGUUAAACUCCGACAAAAUAUCUUAAGAAUUGUUUUGUUAUAAAUAAAAACUUUUUCAUUUGUGUUAA